AUGGCUAGCAAUAUAAGAGUCGCAGUAAUUGGUUCUGGUGCUGCUGGGCUUUGUGCUUUACGUCAUCUAAUAGCCAAACCACAUGUAUUUGAAGCCGUUUGUUUUGAAAAAGGUAAUCAAGUGGGUGGUACGUGGAUUUAUACAGAUAAAACUGGAAUAGAUGAAAAUGGUUUACCAAUACAUUCUAGUAUGUACAAACAUCUAAAGACCAAUCUUCCAAAAGAAGUUAUGGCAUUUCCAGACUUUCAAUUUAAUGCGAAUCUUCCUUCAUUUAUUGGUCAUGAAGAGGUUUUGAGAUAUUUAGAAAGUUAUAGUAACUUUUAUGGUUUAUCAUCAUAUAUUAAGUUUAAAACUUAUGUUUUACGAGUAAAUCCUAUCAAAGACCUGAAAGAUAAAACAAAGUGGGAAGUAUCUUACACUAAUACUACUGAUAAAAAGGAAGAAAAUAACCAAACUGAAAUAUUUGAUGCUGUUAUUGUUUGUAAUGGUCAUUAUUCUGAUCCAAUUUAUCCUUCAUUGCCUGGUAUUGAAAAAUUUAAAGGGGAAAUAAUCCAUAGUCAUAAUUAUCGUGAUGAAGAAUCUAUGAGAGAUAAAGUGGUAAUGGUAUUAGGUGCUGGUGCCUCUGGUCAAGAUAUAGCCAUUGAAAUUUCUUCAACAGCUAAAAAUGUUUAUCUAAGUCACAAUAAAGCUCCACUUACUUCUAUUCUGCCAGCCAAUGUUGAACAGAAAUCAGGGAUACAAGAAGUAAAAGACACAAGUGUAAUAUUCAAGAAUGGUGAAAUCUGUGAUGCUGAUGUACUUUUAUUAUGUACAGGCUAUUAUUUUACAUUUCCAUUUUUAACAGAAAAGUGUCAUUUAAGUAUAAAUGAUGAAAGAGUUACUCCCCUUUAUAAACAUGUAAUACACACUGAACUACCUAGUUUGUCCUUUAUUGGUAUCUGUAAGACAAUUUGUCCCUUUCCUCUUUUUAACAACCAAGUUCAGUUUGUCUUAGGUAGUUUAGAUGGUACAUUUUCCUUACCAUCUGAGGAGGAAAUGAAUAAAGAUACUCAAAAUGAUUUUGAGAAACGUUUAUCAGAAGGUUUACCACCACGAUAUGCCCAUCAUAUGGGACCUCGCCAAUGGAAUUAUAAUCAGCAGUUGGAAAAUAUUGCCAAUCUCAAACCUAUACCGAGAAGUGUACAAGUUCUUUAUGACAUGGUGCAUAAAAAACGGGUUCAAAAUCUACCAGGGUAUAAAAAAGUUAACUAUAAAAUGGUUGGUCCGGAAGAAUUUGAAACUAUUGAACCUGUGUAA